UCAAGGGGACACCGGUAGCUAGCGUCAUCCUGAAUCAGAAAUACGCUUUCUUUCAAUAUACAUGUUGGUCUGUGCCAGAUUUGUUUAUCUGUUCCAUCAAUAUGGUAAGACUCCCUCCCUAAUUCUUAUUUUUCCAACGGUUGAGUUACGUUUGGGCAUAGAAUUUAGCGUCCUGUCCAGUAGCUAUCAAGACAAGCUCCCUCACGCUACAGAAACAGGUGAAAUAUUGGCCUACCAUCGGCCAUUCUGGCUCAUACAUUACUUUAUUUACUGUGUGUCUCGAAAACACAGCUGCUGUCAAACCAGUGUUCAGUAAGCUCUGAGCCUGAUGCAUCUGUCCUCUUAAGGAAUAAAUUAUUAUUAGAAUCAACACAGUUUCAAAUCUUGCAAAUGAAUGUUAGAGAGGAUGAUGACACAGAGACAGAUAGGCCUGCAGGCAAUUCCAGAACCCUCACCUUGGCGGUGUGCUCCGCUGCCAUCGGUGGCACCUUCCAGUACGGCUACAACCUCUCCAUGAUCAACGCCCCCACCAACCACAUCCAGAGGUUCAUCAAUGACACAUACUGGGAGCGCUGGGGAACCGGCCUAGACACCUCCCAGGUGACCCUGCUGUGGACCGUGAUCGUGUCUGCCUUCUCCCUGGGUGGCCUGACCGGGGCUCUUCUGGCAGGACCCAUGGCUGUCCGCUGUGGCAGGAAGAACUCACUACUUCUCAAUAACUCUUUCUUGUUCCUCGGUGCAGUCCUCGCCCUUACCAGCAGGGCGGCAAGGUCAGUUGAGAUGAUUAUUUUUGCCCGCCUGCUAGUGGGGGUCAACGCUGGAGUGAGCAUGAACGUCCAGCCCAUGUAUUUCGUAGAGAGUGCCCCCAAACACCUGCGUGGCGCUGUGGCCUUCUCCUCGGCCGUGUUCACUGCAUUUGGGAUCUUCCUGGGCCAGGUGGUGGGUCUAACGGAGCUGUUGGGUACCGAGCCCCUCUGGCCCUACCUCCUGGCCAGCAAUGCCCUCCCAGGCCUCCUCCAGCUACUCACCCUGCCCUGGUUCCCUGAGAGCCCCCGCUACCUGCUCAUGGACCAGGGGAACAAGGAGGCGUGCGCCCGGGCUCUGGGUAGGUUCCGCGGCGGGGCUGACUUCAGCCUGGAGAUGGAGGAGAUGCUGCAGGAGCAGGCUGACGCCGGUGGGGCCACGGCCAAGAGUCAGACUCCCUGGGACCUGUUCUCCAACCGCUCCCUCCACCCCCAGCUACGCACUGUGAUGGCUGCUAGCAGUGCCAUGAUGCUGUGUGGUAAUGACUCCAUCUACUUCUAUGCCUCGUACAUCUUCCUAGCAGCAGGGAUCCCUGUGGAGAAGGUCCAGUAUGUCUCUAUCGGCACUGGGGCCUGCGAGUUCACUGCUGCCGUCGUGUGUAACCUGCUGGUUGAGCGUGUGGGCCGCAGGAUGCUCCUCAGUGGCGGAUACGCCCUGAUGGCGGUCUGGGCGCUGGUCUUCACCCUGGCCCUGACCCUCCAGGGCUACUCUGUCCCAGGGAUGCCCUAUCUCAGCAUGGCCUGUGUGUUCUGCUAUAUCCUCAGCUUUGGUAUGGGCCCUGCCGGGGUUACGGGAAUCUUGCCUGCUGAGAUCUUUGACCAGACGGCUCGGCCUGCGGCCUACAUGGUGGCUGGGUCCCUCAUGUGGAUCAACCUCUUGAUAGUAGGCAUGGCUUUUCCAUUCAUAGUGAGUUACCUCAAUGCGCUCUGCUUCAUCCCGUUCUGUUGCGUCUGUGUGGCGACCUCUUUGUUUGUGGGCCUCACUCUGCCCGAGACCAAGGGCAGGACACUGGCUGAGAUCACAGCAGAGUUUGAUAGGAGGAGUCUUUUGAAGAAGGGCCCAGAGAAGCAGGGGCCCGAGCCCAUGAAGGAGCAAUAUCAGCUGGGUAAAGCUCUCUCUCUCACCACCAUAGACCCAGAGCCCCUCUCCCAUCUCCUAGACCCAGAGCCCCUCUCUCUCACAGCCCUAGACCAGAGCCUCUCUCUCUCACAGCCCUAGACCCAGGGCCCCUCUCUCUCACGGCCCUAGACCCAGAGCCUCUCUCUCUCACGGCCCUAGACCCAGAGCCUCUCUCUCUCACGGCCCUAGACCCAGAGCCUCUCUCUCUCAUGGCCCUAGACCCAGAGCCUCUCUCUCUCACUGCCCUAGACCCAGAGCCCCUCUCUCACUGCCCUAGACCCAGAGCCCCUCUUUCACUGCCCUAGACCCAGAGCCCUCUUUCACCACCUAGACCCAGAGCCUCUCUCUCACCGCCUAGACCCAGAGCCUGGGGGAACAGUCUGGGGGUCUGAGGGUGGGGUAUUUAUAUGAAUUAUAUUUAAUUAUGGUGUAUGAAUGUGGUGCCUUGGUCCCUAAACCAAAUAGCCUAUACCUCUUUAUGAAAUCACUGUAAUCAAGACUGCUGUUAUAAUGACAAAUUAAGGCUGUCCCCGACUAAAAAUAAAAUCUUGGUCGACCGAGAGUCUUCCAGUUCUUUCGACCAAUCAAAAUGUUUAAACUUAUUGCGCUGUCCGUGCUGAAACUGCAACAUCAUUUCAGCCAUUUAGUUUCUUACUUGUUUCUGACUGAAAAGUUAUGUUAUCGAAAUCCCUAAUUUGUUUCCAAAAAAUAUUCCCUAUUCCCUCAACCCUUGCUCUCUUUACAUGAAACAUGUAAGCAUCGCAUGCAUGUGAUCAAUAGGGCCUAUAGCCUAUCAUAAUCACAUCAAUAAAUUGCUUAUAACAAACUCCAAACCCAUAAUGUCAACUAGCAAAAUGGAUGCGGAGGACAUGGAAAAAGAAACUCAAAAUGAGCAAAUAUUUACUGGUUGCUCAAGAGGGAAAGGGGAAGUCAGAUCUGUCGAAGACAUUUGACUUAGUUGUGGAAACUACUGGAGAUUAAGAAAUAUUUGGGUAUAGGCGCAAGCGUUGUGAGUAUCGUGUGCCAAGCAGUUGCUGUUAGAUUACAAUAUUAUUUUUAUAACCAUUUGGAACAGUCUAAACAACACUAAAUAAAUAAGUGUACCAGAGAGUCUGUACUAAUGAAAAAAGAAUAUAUAAAUCCUUUAUUACAUCAGAUUAAAAACAGUUGCAUGCAUUCAUGAAUUGCGGUUUCUUUAUUGAUUCGGUAAAUUAUUCAAAGCUUCCGUUUUUUUAAGAGUAAAACUAAAAUGCUUGAUUGCAUUUCAAAGCAUGUUUGUCUCGUAUGCUUUGUGAUGGCAUGAACAAAGGAUUGAAUGAUUGAUUGAUACAGUAUCCUAUGUAAUGAAAUAUAGGCCUAAGUAAGUUAUGGUAUGGUAGUUAUGGUAGUAAACAGGACGUGCUCUUAGGCCUACACCUUGAUGGUGGUUAUACAAGGUUAAAAUACAAAGCCUACUAAUGAUGACGACAUUACUCAUUAUUAUAAUGAUUAAAAACAGCCAAUUCUGUGAAAUUGCUUUAGCCGCCAUUUUGCCGUUGCAUGAUGCUUGGUGCUCAUGGAAUUAGUAGGCUGUUAAAGAAACACUCAAACAGGCAACAGAAGCAAUAUCUGUCUUAUUUCUGUAGAUGUAUAUGGAUGAUUUAUAAAGCCAGGCACAUUUAACAGUUAGGCUAUUCAUUAUAGACCUAAUUCAAUUGUGAUUUCCUCGCUCCUCAAUUUUCUUAGACAAUUAGGCUACGGUAAGGGCUGUUUCCCCGUCUCUGCUGCUGCCUCCACCGCAUUGUUCUCAAUCCCAAUAUCCUGGUUAACUUUGCUAUUAUGCACAUAGCAACAUAGGGAAAGGCAGCAAUUCUAUGGCGCACUGAAGAUUGUUUCAGAUCCGCGGACAGUGACCGUAUCCAAUGCGGGAGAAAACUAAUUUGUUCUAAAUUAAUAUUUGAUUAAUUAAUGUUGCACCAUUAUUUUUACCUAAUAUAACCAUAUAAAAUUUCAGCAUCACAUCUUAGAGUGAUGGACUGAGACAGCCGUGAAUCAGACAGGUCUUGUGCACCAUGAAAAAAAAUUACAAUAAUUGCUACUGCUUGACUAAAGAGAUCUCGGUCGACCAACAGCUUAUCGGCCAAUGAAUUGACCAUUCGACUAAAUGGGGGUCAGCCCUAUAAUGAAUGAUUUUGAAUAAUGAUUUUGCACUAUAUUAUUGCUAUGAUUUCUUUAUCAAAACUCCAUUACCUCCAUUAUGUUUAGACUGAUGUAAUUAUGGUGCAGUUUGAGUCAGAUAUGUUCCUUCCAUGCAUAUGUGAUAUGGGGAAAGGGCAUUGUCUGGUUAUACUUGAAUAUCAGUACUGUACUACUCUCAUCAAGUCCAGUCUCUACAGUUAUGUACAAUUUAGAAUGUUGUAAGCUCGACCUAUUUUGCUGUAAAUGCCAAAACUUCAUUGAUAUUGAUUGUUGCAGUAUGUUUACAGUAUAUAAUAAUGCAUGUUUUAUUUAUCACCAAAAGGAGUGUUGGAUUAUGUAUUUUCAUCCUAUUUUGUCUGUUUGAUCAGGAAGUCACCAGCUAUUUUCACUCUUUAUGCCACAACACAAACACUUAAAACACAUAAUAUAGGCUAUAAUGUUACUAUUUAAAUUACUAUCCAGAAUGUCCAUUAAGUGGCAUCAUUGCGCUGAGUAAAUCCUUUGUUUCAGGAUUUCAUGUAUGUACCUUCAGUAUCAGGUCCACCCUACCCUUGGUUACUCUUGGGUAACCAAAGGUUAUCUAUGCACUUUCAAGCAUGACAAAUAAACUCUAUGAAGCCAUUAUUUGCAAUUCUUGCUUUGUAUGUAUUUGAGUGUUAGACUGAAACAAGUGCUGAUGUCAAUCCAGCAAUAUUUUUCUGUCAUGAAACAACUAUAUAGUAUAGAUACAGUACCAGUCAAAAGUUUGGACAC